AUGACGAAGCAAUAUAAUUUAUUUGAUAAAGGCAUGAGGGAUGAAUUGGGAGAUAAUACAUUUUUCAUGUUAUGGGAUCUUCUAGAUUCCUGGAUUUUUCAAAAUUAUUGGAUGGUAAUCUUCUUUAUAAUUUUCUUAGGGAUUAUUUUUGAAGUAGUAUUCAUAAAAUUUUGUACAUCCCUCCAGAAGAAACCUACAUUUCCAGAAGAAGAUAGUUCAGGUACCCAGGAGAAUGAAGACAGGGUCUUCCAAAGUUUGCAAUUUGCUCUAGAUAAUUGGUCAAGUGUGACUUCAUCUUCAGAAGAAAGAGUGGAUAUUUUUACACAAAGUACAAUUACUUCAUCACUUACAGCUGAAGAAAAUGAAGGUAACUUUGAAGAUAGAGUUUCUUCAUUAGACAGACUCAUCUGGGUACGUAACAGUGAAAGUGAAUACCAAGUGAAUGACUUUAAUGACAGUCAUAUGCCAUCAUCACGUGGGACGAGCUUAUCUUUGUCAACAUUUCAAUGUGAAGUUAAGGAAUAUUUUCAAAGUCAUAGUGAAAGUCUAGAAAGUGAACGUGACACCUUAAAAUUUUCAUCAAAGAAAUUAUAUUCUAUAAUGAAAACCAACAAACAUAAAAACGUAAGGGUUUCUUCUGAUUUUAACUUCUCAAGAACUUCAAGAUUAACUGUAGACAAUGAGGCUCUAGAUGUGGCACCAUGCCCUUCUGCCCACUUAUAUCUUUCCAGAGACCAAGUUAGACUUCUGGAAGAAAACGUGAGAAAUCAAAUUCUUUUAAAAUCCAAGCGUACACUUGAGAGUGAAUCAACUUAUCUUUAUUCAAGAUCUCAAGAGUCUUUGGUUCAGAGUGAAUAUUCUGCCCAGGAAUAUGAUUCUUUUUCAGGACAAAAUGCUGUUCAGAAUCAAGCCCAACAUUUCACUCAAAGCCAAGAAUCAAUCAACAGCCAGCCUGCUAUCAAGGUCAGAUACUUGGCUGAGUCUCAAGAUUUCAUGGGGAAACCAUUUUUCAGCAGCAGACAAGACUCCUUCCAGAUCCAGACUAUGGAUAGGAGGAGUCAACAUUUGGUCAAAGUCCCAAAUCGUGAAAUUCAAGAUUCAAUCAAGAGCCCAGAAUCUGAUGAAAAAUCCUUAGAGGAGGCUCAAUAUCCAGCACGGUUUGAAGAUUCAAACAAGAAUUUAUAUUUAAUCAAGGAACAAAAUACCAUUCUUGAGAAUUCUAAAUUUCUAGCUUUAACUGUAAAUCCAAAUUCAGUUGCUGAUGAGAUGCAACCGCUAAAGAGUGUAAAGUUAAAGGGGCAGCAGCAUGGUCCUUCAUCAAAGUCAGUCCUUGACACUGCAUACAGUGCCAUGAAUCCCAGGAAGCUUUCACCUGCCCUCAAAAGGCAGCACAGCAGGAGAAAAACAUUAGAAAGCAAAAGUCAAGCCAGUCACAAAGUUCUAUUUUUAAAGGCAAAGAAAACACCAAUUUCACAGAUAUUUCAAAUCACAGCACAUUAUACUUCAAAAGGCAGCAAGAAAUUAGGGAGCAACAGUAACACAGGGAUGAAAGAAUUACAUCAACUUAAAGGGUUAUCAGGUCUAGCUUUGCAUCGUAUUUGUGUUUCCAAGCUUGUUCUUCCUGACAAUAAAAAUCAUUUCAGACAAAGACUAGUGAAAGUCAUGGCAGAAUUGGCAAAAUGUAGACAAGUUCUCUGGAAGCAAAACAAAUCACCAGAUGAAAAGAAAAUCAAUGACACAGGUUCUGUUGAGGACAGAGGAAUCUCAGACAUCAUUCAAAAAGAAAAGCAGCGUGCAGAAAAUAAAGAACUAAAACACAUUUCACCAGAAAUUCUGCCUAAGUUCAAGCAAUCCUUCAAGGUCAACACUUACCAGUUAAAAUUACCUUUGCAUUCAUUAACAGAAACAAACUGGAAGAAUAAAGAGUCUCCUGAAGAUUUCAUUGGUGUUGCAGAAUUUGCUCCAAAUAGCAAAACAAUUGAUCCGCAUAUUCCAAAGCAUGAAAAACUUUUAAAAGAAGCUGUAUCUGAGCCUAUGCAGAAAAUUUUUUCCUCUUCCAAAAUGGAGAUGAGUCGAAGCAUGAAUUCAUGGGAAGAUCUCAAAAAUACUGAUAAGUUCCAUGUUCAGCUUUCAAAUGGAGAGAAGUUAUUAACUAGUACAUCAACAAUGCAAAGUAGCUUUCCAAAAGAAAAUGCACAAGAGCAAACAGAUCUUCUAGAAGUUGUCAUGGAGACUUCAGAUAUCAAUUUGUUUCUUUCACUAAGAAGUGAAAAACACAAAAGUAGUGACAAAUUAGCAGGCAUAAAUAUUCGAUUGAAUACAGAAGGUAUAAUUCUGAAGGAAAAGAAACCAUCAGUACUGAAUAUUACAGACUAUGAUGUCCUAAGUCCAAGUAAGGAAACAAAAUGCAACACUAGAAGCAACAUAAAAUAUAUGAGUAAAGAAAAAACAUCAGAUACAUUUCAGAAUUUUGCCUACGCUACCAUUUCUGAACCAUCUGAUUUGGAAAUGUACAGCAGAAUAAAAUCUGAGACAGACACAUCAAGGCAUUUAACAGCAGAGCAAAAGAAACAACCAAAUGAAGAGAAAAUAUGCAAUGCAAAAUCCAUUGAUAAGGACUACAUACGAGAUAUUUUUAAAAGUCCACAAUGUGAACAAGAGGAAGAGCGAGAACCUUUACAAGAAGCAGCUUCACAGUCAGUGCAAGAUUUCAAAGUCCCCAUACAUUUAAAGCAGCUGCUCAAAAACGUCAAAUAUGAAAUGGAACAGAGCAGUUCAGGAAGUAAGGAACCCCAAACUAAGGAGCAAACAAUACCAACACAAACACUUUCUACAGAGACUAUUUUGGAAACUAUCCCAUGCCCCACAAUGGAUCCAUUUCAAGUUGACAAGCUGAAGCAAAGCACAAACAGGAAUACAAACAGAGAAUAUACUGGUGAUUCAAGGACUCCACGUUCAUUGCCAGAGAAAGUACAAGUUGGUGAACAUUUACGCGAAACAACAGAGUGUGAUGUCCCAUUUAGUAGAAGCCCAAGAAAGUCACCGGAGGGUUAUGUUGCAGAAAAAAGGGAAGAAUUAAAAAGAGUUUUACCUAAAUUUGCUCUGGAGUCUUUUAAUAUCUACAUGCCUACUUUAUCAAAAUUUAAAAGGCCAAAAACAAGAAAAAAAUUAUCAGGAACAAAAAGUGCGUCCAGUCGCAAACAUGUAAUUAUGAAAGUAAAGAAGCCAGCAAUUUCCCUGAUGCCACACAUCAAUGGAUAUGGUACUCCAAGUCAUAGAAAGAAAUUGGGAUGUUAUUUUAAAAAUAUAAUGAAACAAAUCCUACAUGGUAAAAUUAUGACAGGCGUGUUUCUGAAUGUAAUUUACCCAGACGUGGCUAUUGUGCCCAAUAUUAUAAUGUAUCACAGAUUAAGAGCAAAGAAGCGUAAUCAUACCAAUUUAACGCUUAGGACUUCCCAAGUAGAAAGGGAAGAGAGGUGUUCAGAUUCUACUAACAAGGGAGAUGUCUCUAAAGACAUGCUAGAAACUAAGUUGCAAAAUGAAGUGAACCAGGAAGCUCAACCAAAAGCUGUUCCUCAUGAUAGUUGCCAUUUCAUUUUUAAUGCAAAUCCAGUUAAGGAGCUUAAAACAGAAAAAGACAUGCAGCAAGAAAUCCCAUUCACAGAAGCCACUGUGGAGUCUAGUGACUCCCUUUUAAUGGACCAAUUUCCUGUUAAGAAUGUGCAGAAAAGCCUCACAGGACCAACACACAAUCUAGGCUCUGAAGAGUCUAAGAUACCUGUUGCGGACAAUGUAGAAUCACCACAACACUUACCAGCAACUUUCUCAGAGACUUGUAACCUAAAGCUCAAAGCUAAAAAGAUAAACCCAGGUAAAGGACUAGAAGAGGAAUUUAUAAAUACCAUUUACUGUUCCAUGGAUGGCAGGUUAGGAGCAGAGCCAAGCCGUUGCUGUCAGGCUCAGUCAAAGCAAGGAGAACCAGCAGAUGAAGAGUCAUCACAGUAUGCUGACUCUUCUCAUCAGAGGAGUAUCUCCUACAACAGAGAAGAAAAAGUGCAAGACAGAGAGGAAGAAGAACAAAGAGAUUUACCAGAAGCAACUCCACAGCAUAAGCAUAUCCAAGAUCCCAGAUCUGAUAUAUGUCUUGUGAGGGAGAUCCACCCAGAACUGAACUAUUUGACAGUGAAGCUGCCUAUUGACAGGCAAGAAGAUGCACAAUGCCAAACAUGUUUUGCACAAACUGUUUUGGAAGCUAGCCCUAUAAGGGAUCCAAGAGAAGCUGAGCAGCUACAGCAAGCUAGCAAUUCAGAAUAUGACAUAAAAGUCCCUGUGACUCCCAAGAUUCAGCUGCCAAAAUUAGAGGACUCACCACUCAAUAAACUUCUGGACACGAUGACAGAAUGUGAUUUUUCAUCUGAUGGAAACCCUGAAAGGGAAUGUGAUUAUUAUUUUGUGGAAGAAAAUUCAGAGCUACCAAAAGAUUUGCAACUGACACACCUGCAGUCUUCUGAUUCCUUUAAAUCUUUUGUUUCUGAAUCUAAAAGACAAAAAACCACAAUAGCAAACAAGCAAACAAUAAUGAGUGGCAAAUGUACAAUUAUGAAAGCAAAAAAGUCACCAAUUUCACAUAUGCUUAAUGGAAGAUAUAGUAGACGAUGCCAUCUUUACAUGAAGUCAAAAGAUCUGCCUCAAAGUAAAAGUGUGGCAGAUGCACAUCUGGACACCAGUCAGUCUACUGUGUCUAUUUUGCCUAACAACACAAGUAGUAGCUUAAAGGAGGCAGACAUGAAAAUGAGGCAGAUAACAAGACUUGACCACAUACAGCCAAUCCAAGACACACUGCCAACUAGAAGGAAAGUCUGGUGCCAAGAUUCUAUUGGUAUGAGUAGUAUGUCGAGUACUGUGAAAUAUGGAAAGGAAGAGGAAGGAAAACAUGAAGCUUUACCAACUCCAGAGAAUAACCAACACUUCAGAUCCUGUGAAUAUCAGAAGAAGGAUCAUGACCUUGUCAAAUCAGAUGAGCUGUUGAACCAACUAAGAAGUACCAAUAUUCAGGUGCAAACACAAACACGCUUUACACAAACAAUUUUGGAUUCUACUUCAUUCCCUGCGAUGAAUCCGUUUCGAUUUGAAAAGCUAGAGGAAUGUGUUAGCAUUUCACCUCCAAAGUCAGAGGAGUCAAAGACUGAUGAAAUAAUACUUUCUGCAAAAGAAUGUGGUGCCCUAUCUGAUGGAAACCACCAAAAGGAACAGGAUGGUGGUAUCGAAAAGAAAAAGACAGUGGCUUUUGAUGUCUGUAUGCCUGCUUUAUCUCCAUCCAAAAGGGAGGAAAUCUUCAGAAAAUUUUCAGAUAUGAACAUUUCAGUGAGUCCCAAAUGUGGCAUUAUAAAGGCAAAGAAACCAUCAAAUUCAUACAUGUUCAAUAUCAAUGGUAGUGCUGGCUCAGACCAUAGAAAAGAAUUGGGAUACAACUUGAUCAACAAAACGAAAGAGAUGCAUUACGAUAAAGAAGCCCAAGACAAAAUAUACCCUUUUGUAACUAUUACACCUGACAUUAGAAUGUAUAACAAAAUAGAGACAGAGGAAGGUCUGUUAGGGGGAAAAUAUCUCAGUUCUACACAUGUAAAGCUAGAGCUAUCAGCACAUGAAGGGCACAUUACUUCAGAUGACACCAAAGAAGCCAGUCUUCAAGAUCAAGAUGAAGAAGAAGCAAGUGAACCCGAGGCAUUGUUUACAAUAAUCCCACAGUGCAGUCAGCAUUUCAUAUUCUCUUCAAGUCAGGGGAAUAGACUUGACCUUCAUGAAUCAGAAAAACAAAGAAGUAGGAGAAUUCUGCUUGUUACAGAACAAGAUGUACCACAGCAGAUAGAGCCUCUAGAGCCAAUUCAGUUUGAAGAGCCAAAGAAAAGCUUCCAGCAACAAAAUGACACAAUAUAUCCAGUGAGCUCCAAGCCUCCUCCUCUAGAGUCUGGAGAAUCACUAAAAAAUCGUGAAGUAUUAACUGAUAUAAUAAAAUGUGAUGUCCCAACUGAUGGAAGCUAUAAAGGGCAAUUGCACAUUCCUGAAAAGGGGGUAAAGGCAGAGUUAAGUAAUCUACAAGCAACUAUCCUAGAACCUGUGCAUUUUGCCACAAGUGAUCUACCUGAAUCUAAAAGACAAAGGAAGGCCACUAAAUACAGACCCUUAGAAAGUAGAAUGAGUCUCAAACGUGCAAUUAUGAAGGCAAAGAAGGCACCAAUUUCACAGAUAUUUAAUAUCCAUAGAUUCCAUCAUGAAUUGCAACAGCAAGAGCAAUCACCCAAUGAAGACAGAGUCUGUUGUGUCAAUCCCAGUAAAAAUGAAAUAAAAGACCAAGGUAGAGGAGAAGAGAAUGCUGGAGACCAAGUCAAAGCAAUCCCACUGAAUUCCCAACACUUCAGUUUCAGUGUUCAUGAAACGAAGGAACUCAACUUUGUGAAAUCAGAUCUGGAACUGAAGAAUUCAGAAAGAAAAAGCAUCUUAGGAUCCUUCACUACAUCGCCAGAGCUACCGCAACAAACACUUGACACACAAAAGCUAGUGAAGACUAUUUUGUAUUUUAUUUUGCAUUCAUUGCCAUUAGAGAUGAUACAGAAAAGGAAAAAAAUACAAAAAACCUUUAAAAAUACAGAACGUACAGAGAUUUUAUAUUCAAUGCCAGGGAAAUCAAUUCGUAGAGCUUUAAAUGUUUCAACAGAGAGCGAUAACCCCUUUGAAAGAAACACUAGAAAAGAACUCUCUUGUAAUCCAGAGGAAAAGAUAAAGUCACAAAAAGAUUUACAAGCGAGAACCCGAGAACUUCUUGAUCUUCCCAUGCUUAUUUCAGACUCUAAAGGGCAUAAGAGGCCAACACAAUUACCAGGCAAGAAAAGUACAGUGAGUACCAAAUGUGCAACUUUGAAGCUACAAAAGCCACCAAUGCCACAAACUCUGAGUGUCACUGCAAGUGUCAGCCUAAACCAUGAGAAAAAACAGAUACACAACUUUGAAGUCAAGGUAACAGAGCUGCAGCAAGGGAAAAGUAUACCAGAUGCCUUUUCGAAUACCCAUGUCUCUUUUGCAUCAGCUUCAGCUGAUGUUAAAACUUGUGAAACAAUAGACACAGAGACAAACAGAUUAAGAAAAAUAAGAUCCAGAUUAAUGUCACAAAUCUGUUCCAUAAAUAAAGGCGGUACCAUAAAUCAGAGAGAUGCAAAAGUGCAAGAAAAGGGUCAGGAGAAAGCUUUGCUAAAAGCCAUCCCACAAUGGUUUCAACAAGACAUGCUCGCUGACUAUCAAAAGGAAGAGCCAGACCCUGUUAGGUCACAUACAGGUUUGCACAGUUCAGGAAACAAACAAAAGCAAGAAUUGGUUACAAUGCAAGAGGUGGCACAAGAAACAACUUUUUCAGAAACAACUUUAGAGACUCUUUCUUGCCCUCUAAAGGACCUGUUUCAAGUCAAGUCAUCAGAAAAGAACAUCAAAACACAAAAAGGUGUAACAUAUGCAAGAGAUCCAAAGAUUUCAUCUCAGACCUUAGGGAAAUCAGUAGUGGAUGUACAUUUACAAAGUGAAGUAGGUAAAUCACGUGAGAGAAGCCAUGAACGGGAACUUGAUGGUCAGAUUGUUAAGGUGAAGGCAAACGUACCAGUCUUUGAGGCUCUUGAUUUCCCCAGGCCUGCUUUAUCUGAAUUUGGGGAGCAGAGAAAGGAAGCACAAACCUCUAAGUGUGUACCUGGGAAAGGAGAGAUGUCAUCAUUUUUAGAGACAAUCAGUAUCACUAAGUAUAGUGACCUAAGCUACAGAAAGGAACCCAAAUGCAAGCUUAGACACAUAACUAAAGAAAUAGCUCAAGGCAUGCCAAAUAUAUUCGUGAAUUCUUAUCUUCCACCCACAUCUGAUUUAUCUGGCACCAAAAUGCAUAAAAAUGUAAACGCAAGAGAAGAUCUGUUAAGACAAACAAACAAUGUUGCACAGCUAACUCUAGAUGAAGAGAAAAGAUUGCAUGUGAAUUCCUCUAAUAAAUGGAGCAUCUCAAGCAACACAUUAGAAGAAAGAAGGCAAAAUGAAAAAGAAAAUAAGAACAAAGACGUUUUAUUAGAAGCAGGUGUGCAGUUCCUGGAGAGCACAGGAAGUAGAAAAGAUCUAAGUGUGGUUACUACAGAGAAAGAGGCUCAGCAACUAACACUGGUUUGUUCUAAAAUGACCCCAUUUCAGAUCAACCCAGCACAAAAAAAUACAUCAUAUACCAGCAAUGGGAUGACAAUUCCAUCGCCAAAGUCAAGGAAAGCAAUAGGUGACAGUCUUGUCAUUGAUAAGACAGAGUACAGUAUGGCACUGGAUGGGAUCCCUAUAAGGAAGCUGAAUGUUAGUAAGGCAGUUGUUGUUCAACCUGAGGAGAGGGAGAAAGACAUAGUAACUCAGAGACUGGUAAAAUACGCAACUGAUCAAAAUGUCCUCCCGGCCAAAACUGAGCACGUGGUGCUCGGAGAUCCAAAUGAGGAAGUCCCAGCAAAGAAACUGGAUAGUCAUGGUGCCAAGAAAAAUGAAGACUCACAAAGAGAUAUGCUAAUCAUGGGCAUGGUGUCUGUUUUAUCGGAUUCUAAAAGGCAGAAAAAUGUGUUAAAUUUUCCAGAACGGAAAGGUAUGAUGGAUCCCAAAUAUAAAACUAAGAAGACAAGGAAGUUUCUGUGUUCAAAGCUAUCUAAUGUCACCAGGCAUGGGAAUCUACACUGUAAGAAGGAACUGGAGCAUAUUUUGAAAUCUAACAUAAGGGACAUGCAGCAAAGUAAAAUUAUAGCUCACUCAUUUUUGCCACCCAAACCUGUUGCAACUGGUAGAAAUGUAGAUACUGAAAUGAAAAGCACAUCAAAAGUAGUGACAGAUAAAGCAAAAUUAAAAUUACACAAUUCUAUCUAUCCCGGACUAGCACAAUCAUCACAAGAUGGGGAAGCAUGGAAGGUCAAUUUUACUGAUACACAAAGCAGAUUAAGCAACACAAUGAAAAUGAACAUGCAAUAUGAAGAGGAAGGAAAAAACUUAAAAACAAUGUUGGAAGAAUCUGUUUCAUACUUCAAUUCCCAUGCAAGUCAAAUGAGAGAUUGUGGCAAAACAGAAUCUGGACUAGAUAGUUCAGAAGUCAGAAAGACACAGAAUUUGCUUUAUACAGUCCAAGAAAUGAAGCAAGAAACAGAUUGUAAAAAAGCUGUAUUGGAGCCUGUUUCUAGACACAUGAUGAAUUUUCAAGUUCAACCAGUGAAACAAGGUUUCCAUACACACGAAGAAAUAGAAUGUAUGGAAAGCACGGACGUAUCGAAAGCACACACAGACAUUCCUAGAGUCUACGUGUUCGGUGAUCAUCCGCUUUUAAAGCAAAAUAAAUCAUCAGAUGAAGGUGAAGCUAGGCCAAAAGAUUCCACUGAGAAGAAAUGCACACCUACAAUCAUAAAAGACACAAAAUUGCAAGAUAAAGAGGGAGAAAGAAGUGACAAAAAAGCCUCAGUGCAUCUGACUCGACUUUCCUUACAAAUGCAGCUUGUGAAAGAGAGCAUAAAAGCACAAGAGCUCAUAACAUGUAGGAAAAGCCCAAAGAAUUCAUCUCCCAAACCCGAGAAAUCAGUCAUUGGAGAACUAUUAAUAGGCACAACAGAGCAUGGUGCUACUUGUCAUGAGAGCCCUGGGAGGAGCAAGGAGAGUCAGCUCAUAGGAGAAAAGGCAGGGUCUCAUAAAGGCUUCCCAGACACUGUCACUGCCCUGCAGUAUUCUGGCUUACCUAUGCCCAUUUUAUCAGAAAAUAACAAGCAAAGAAGUAUAUUACAGCCACAAGGCACGAAAAGAACUAUGAAAUACAAAUAUUUAUCUAGAAAGGUCAAGAAGCUCCUAAUUCCACAGUCAUGUUAUGUCACAGGUGGUACUUCUCCAAGCUAUGGCAAGUUCAAGUACAGCCGGAAACUGAUCUUACAAGAAAACCACGAGGCAGAUGCAUUUCUCAAUACCAGUCGUUCUCCCAUACUUGCUCCGUUGGACAUCGAAAUGGAUAAGAAAUUAAAGGCAGAAGAAGUAGACAUAUUAAGGCAAACUACUAUCAAUCUUACACAAAUGCAGCAAGAAAAAUCAGAUGACAGGAAAGCACAGGAGACAUAUUCUAGUAAUAAGAGAAGGUCCUCAAGAAAUACAUUUAAAAAAAUAUUCGAACAGUACCAAGAAAUUGUCCCAAAAGAAACUCCACCUUAUAUACAAUCACUCAAGUCCGAUACAUACCAAAUAAAAACUCCUGAUUUAGUCCAAUCAAAAAAUGGAAUGUAUAGUAAAAGAAGAAGGGAAUGUCUAGAUUUUAUUGUGAGAGAACAAGAUGUGCAGCAACAAACAUCUUUUCCAGAAACUGUUUCGGAUUCUACUUCCUGCCACAUAACGAGUCAGUUUCAAGCUGAGAAACUGAAGGAAGACAACCAAACACACAAAGGAAUACAGGUUACUGACAGUACUAAGAUUCCACCACCCAUAUUAGUGACUGAUAAACUCUCACUUGAUCCAACAGAGAGUGACAAUGAGCCAAAUGGAACACUUCAAAAUAAUCUGGGUCACUGUAUUGCAGAAGAAAGGACAGAGUUAAUAGAACAUAUAGCAACAACUUUCUUGGAGCCUUUAGAUUUCUUCACGCCUGCUUUUUAUAACUCGAAAAUUCCGAUAAACCCAGUACAAUUCUCAGAAAAGAAAAUUACAUUGAGUCUCAAAUGCCUAACUCUGAAGGAAAAUAAAUCAUCAAUUUCAAAGGUAUAUAAAAUCCACCGACAGCUUUUUAUAAAACACAGGGAGAAACUCCACUACAUUUUAAAAGCCAAAAUGAAAGAGAGAUUUCGAAGUAAAAAUGUGGCUGAUAUAUAUCCAAAUACUGCUGAGUUCACACCAGAUACCUCUGCCAUUCAAAAGCAAAGUGGAUUCCCAACAAAGAUGGAGACAAGGGCAUCUAGGUUUGGUCAUCUACUGCUACCACAAGUGGAGUCACCAGCUGAAGGGAUAGCAAGGCAUUCAGAUUCCAAUGAGAUGGGAGGUGCUUCAAACAUUUUAAAGGAAGCAGAAUUACAUGAUGGUGUAAGUGAGGAGGAGAAGCAAGAGCUGCUCGUAGACACUGGCCCAGUGUAUACCAAAACAUUCAUGGUAAAUGCAGAUCUCAUAAUGAAACCUGAUCCUGGCAAAUCAGAAGGUGUCAUUUUAGGCGAAUCUUCUUCUCCCAAAAGUCAGCUCUACACAGAGAAUUCAGAAAAAAAUUUAAAAAUAGAAAAUCCCCAAAAUACACGAACAAGUCUUGAAACUGAACUCCCAAAUAUGAAAAGAUCAGAAAUGGAUGUAGAACUGAGUGAGCCAAAAGGUGAUGCUAUGUCUAGUAAAAUGGGUAAAAAUAUCAUUGGAAAUUCCAUUGUGAAAGAAAAAGCUCAACGUGGCAGUUUAGCAGGAACUAUUCUAGGUUCUGUUGGCAGACAUUUGCAUGCUUCAGAAAGAAUUAAAAGACAGAAUGGUGGCCUAAAAACAGUUGGCAUGUCAAGCACCAAUCCUCAAGGUAUACCUUUGAAGUUAAAGCAAUCGCUUAAUACCACAGGUCUAUACAUUAAUAAGCAUCAGGAAGAGAACUUUAAAGCCCAGAAGAUAGAAGAAAUUGGUUUAAUAGAGCAAGAGACAGAGAUAGAAGUUCUCGAAGGGAUUGGUCCAGAGUCUGUUUUUUUGUCUAAGCUAUGUCAGCUUCGUACUGAAAAGCAGAAGAUGGAAUUGAAAACUAGAAACUGGAAAACAGUAGUAAAUACAAAGGCAGAGAGAUCAUUAACCAAUGCAUUUUCUUUUAAUACAAUGGUUUAUGAUAGCUCAUUACAGCGUAGAGAAGGAAAAGAACUAAAAGGGCAGGGAUAUUUUGCCCUGCAUAAGAAACAGCAAAAGUCACAUGUCUCAGGACAUUUCUGGGAUUCUGUUUAUGCCGAAACACCUACAUAUCCUGAAAUUAGAAAACAUCAAGAUAAGGCAAGCAUAUCACAUGUAGAAAACACUGUGCCCAUCAGACAAAUAAAGCUGAAGAAAAAUAAAACACCCGUUUCCCAGCUGCUUAGUAUUACCCGACAUGGUAUGAGAAACACUAAAAAAGAACUGAGAUAUAACAUUAAACCAGAGGAGGCAUCUGAGCAGAGGGAAAAUGUAGAUUUAGUUCUGAAAGCUAUUUAUGAAUCUGUAUGCAUUACUUCUCAUUUUCAAAAGCUUUCAGAAGAAAUAAAAAUGGAAAAAGAAAAGCCUAGAGGGGCAGUACUCAUUACUCCACAGCUAAAUCUAGAGAAACCACUAAAUGGAAGACAAACAUUAUCUUCAAGAUCCAAAAACCUCAAACAAUAUACGAGAGAACAAGAAUGCCAAUGCAAUUUAGUAGAUAUGCCUCAACGACAUACCCAACAGUUAAGGCUUAGCUCACAACAAAAGAAGAGGCGCCAUCGCGCCAAAUUCAAAGUAGACUUGCGGAGAAAGGUGUUCUCUGAAGAGGCCUUACAGAAAGGAGAAUCUGAUUAUAUUGUACUCGAUAUCCCCAGCAGUAGAAGAGGAGGAGUCUUCAUUAAAUGGCAAGAGGCACAGAAGUAUUUCUUGAAACAAGAAACGCAGAAACUAGAAAUGAUUCCUGAAACCAGUCUGGAUUUUACUUCCUGUCCUAAGAAGAAACCUCCUCAUUUAAGAAGGAUAAUAAAAGUCAGAACAAAGCCACAUUUAAAUUUCUCAAUUUCACGGAGAAAAAAAGGAUUGAAGUUGACUAAUAGCCUAUUAAAUUCACAAAAACAAUGGUUUCUUGUUCCAGGGGGAAAGGCCCAGAAACUGAAGCCUUACCCAGGGAUGAUGCUGGAGCCUAUAUCCUCUUGCUUACUGGAUCAAUUUCAUACCAAAAAGUCAAAGGAAGAAGUGAAAAUCAAAGAUAAUAUUUUAAAGGGCUCAACUCAACAGGAAAAGAAAAUAUCAAAUAAAGAAUAUAUUCCAAGUGUGGACUUCCUUUCCAAAAGUACAGAACAACUACUCAUGCUUAUUAAGAAACAGAAGAAAAGGAAAACAAAUAGAAAGAACAAAGAAUUUAAAAUAGUAGCCAAUAUGAACGUAGACAUGAACUUUGGUCCAGCUCUAGAGUUUUCACCAGCACAUCUUCUUCACACAACAGAGCAUGCUGACACAAUCAGACAAAGAGAUGGACAGGAACUAAGCAGGAGCUUAGACAUGCAAAGGGGACAGUAUUGGUUGGGUGGUCCAGGGGCUUUCCUGGACUCUACCUAUACAAAUAGACUUAUUUCUCCUGAAGGAAUAGGCCAAAAAGAUCAAAGAAAAGAUACCAUGAAAAGUACCAUGUCACCCAAAAGGAUAAAAAUGAAGGCAAAGAAAACACUUGUUUUCCAGCUACUUCAUAUUACAAGAUAUGGACCCCGAAGCAAUAGAAAGAAGCUAAGAUGUGACAUUAAGAUACAGAAGGAGUGCCAGCCAGGUGAAAAUGUAGCCAAUUUAGUCCUGAAAACUACCUGUGAUUCUGGAUCUCUUCCAUCUUCCAUUCAAGAGCUUAUAGAAGUAAAAAGGGAGAAAGAAAGGACUAGGAAGCAGAUGCUCAUUCCACCACAGCAAAAGCUGGAGAAAUCACAAAACGAAAGAAAAAUGUCACCUUUAAAGUCCAUUUAUAAAAGUGAUAUAGUAAGAGAGAUAAAAAAACCAAAACGAUGUAUUAGAAAACAAAAAGAAAAAUACCAAAGUGUUUUACUAGACAUUUUCCCACAAUAUAGAAGUCAUUUAGUGUUUAGCAAACCAAAGAAGAAGUCCAACCAAUUUAAAUUAAGAGUAGAUUUGGAAAAAGAAGUGUAUCCUGAUCUAUCUUUACAAAAAAGGAGUAGCAAUUAUACUUGUUUCGAAAUCUCCCAAAACGUAAAGGAAGGUCAUGUAGACACUGACAGACAUUUAUUUUCAGUUCCAUGGGCAAGAAAAGGAUCAGUCGAAACUGGUAUCCCAUUACAUCCAGAAGUACAGAAUAUGCUUUUUACAGAAAUGGAUACAUUUCAACAUAAGACUUGCAAGGAGCAAGAAUUGCUGAAACAAGAAAGUGUUUCAGAAACAAAUCUGCGGUCUGCUACUUGCCCCUUUAUGGAACCUGUUCCUUUGGAAAACACUGGACAGUUGACUCAAGGAAACAUGUAUGUGAACAAAAGAAACAUUUCACAUCCAUUCGGAAGAGAAGGAUUAAAGGACACUGAUAUUUUGCCAGAUUCAAAAGGAAAGAAAUUUCUUAGUACACAUCUAGAUGUUCAGCAAAAACUAGCUGGAGUGCAGAAAGGAGAGGUGAAACCAAAUCAGAUUCCUGAAGAGAUUUUGAAUUCCCUAUCUUUCCCCAGUAGGGAACCUCUUUAUUUAAAACAGGUAGUAGAUACAAAAAGCAAAGAAGACAUUAACAUUUCUAUAACUUUAAAUGUAAAUCCAUGGGAAACAGAUCAAAUAAAAUUAACUAAUGUUCCACUAAAAUCAAAUAGACAAAAUAUGGACUGUUCAAAAAUACUGGGGGCAAAGCAACCAAACCUUUCUAGAGAACAUACUCAGGAAUCAAUUUCUCCUUGCAUCUUACAUCAGUUUCAUAUUGAAAAGUGCAAGGAAGAAGUAUCAGCAAGAGAAACAAGUUCAGAAAUUUUGAGUCCAACAGUAGAGAAAGCACCAAACAUAUUAGAUAUCUGGGUGGGUCAACCUCCAUGUGCAGGAGGAAUUAAUUUGCACAACAGAGGAAGAGAAGAGUAUCAACCAGAAAGCAUCUGCCAGACUUGUCUAUCGUCUCUUUCUCCCUCUUCAGGGGAUAUACUUCAGAUUAAAACACCACAGGUACAGAAAUCAUUAAGGGAAAUAAACAGUCCAUUGUGUCACAGCUCAAAUACAGAAGGAAUUGGCUUGCUUAUUACAAGAAAGAGAGAACAGCAAGAACAAUAUACAUGUAAGGCUCUUCCAGAGUCUGCUACCCACUCCAAAAUAGAUGUACAUGAAAUUAAUAUCCAAAAUCAACAAGUGAAAUUAGACGAAAUGAAUACUACGCAUUCUGUACAUUCACCAUCACAGGCUGAAGAGACACUCCAACAAAUGGGUGACAUGGGUGUAUAUAUUCAAAAAGAUAAAACAAGUCAAGAACAAAUGCAGGAACACCUGUCAGAUUUAAGUGAGAAUUUUUUGGAUCAUGUGUCUUACUCUAAACAUGGUUCAGCUCUCCUCCAAGAUUUCAUACCCCAGGAAAAGGAAGCAGUAACAGAAGUAGAAAACCUGUUAUCAAGCAAGGCAAAAGAAUUGGACUUGUUUUGUAAAGAUCAAAUGAAUACUAGAAUUGAGUAUGGACCGGAAGGCACUGAGUCCUUGAUCAUUCCAAGCCAAAACAAAAUGUUGCCUUUAGAAUCAUGCAGCAAAACUGUGAAAUGUCUUCAUGCUUCACUUCUAAGAGGAAAGAAAUCGCCAGAUGGGGCACAGGUAAUUAAGUCAUUAAAAAAUAGUACCUCACUCAAGCGAAAAGUCAGAACCAAGGUAAAAUCACAUUGUGCAAAUCAAAAGAAGCAGAAAGAAGCGUGUCUGUCUAGAACUUCUCCACACUGUCUUUAUAUAUAUAUACCUAAUUUUUAUGAAAGUAUAAGACAGAAGGAUAGCACAAAAAAAGGAGAAAAAGACAUAGUCUGCCGUGAAAGAAGAACAUUGAAGUCAAAGAAAUCAGUAUUUUCACAUACAGUCAGUACCACGGACCAUGGUACCUCAAGCACCAGACCAGAACUGCAGUGGAACAUAAAAGAGAAAAUGACAAAUAUAAAAUAUAGACAGGGUGAGCCAGAUGUGGUUGUGUCAAAACCAUAUGAUUUCAUAUCUUCUUCACCUCACCUCAAAUUGAAGGAAAAGACAAUUGAUGGAGUUACUUCAAGUGGAAUAAAAAAUGACAAAAAACAUAUAUCCCAGAAAGAGGAGAUGGAUGAAGUAAAGACAGUUGACAUGAAAGGAAUAAUGAACCCUCAAGUUCAAGCACUGAGGGCGAAGGAAUCACCGUUGUCACAUAUACUCAAUGGAAGGGACCUGCUGUUGCAGUUGAGAGUUAACAAACAAGAGAGCAAGGUUCAGGAAGGAAACGAUAAAUUGCGUACAGAAGUGACGAACUUGUGUGCUUUUUUACCAUCUCUAUCACAUCUUAAUUUGAAUUUAAAAAUAAAAGCAGGAAAAGAUAAGCUAAACACAUUAAGCCUUCCACCAUUUAAGUUCCAGACAUCAUCAAAAGUCAGUCAAAUGACAUAUGCAGAUUCAGAUAGAGACUUUUUAAGCAGUGGAACAAAAUCAGAACAAUGUUUGCCACAGAAAAAUGAAGAUAGAGGAAGUACAGCAAAUGUAAAAGAUAAAAUGGACCUCAAAUGUAACCCUUUGAAAGCAAAUAAAGCAUCUUUCAAACAUAUUUUUCAUGCAGAGGAAUCACAGUGGAGCAUUAAAGAACAAGAAAAAACAAUUCAAGAAGAUAAAGGUGAUCUUGGUGUAGGUGUGAGUAAGCCCUGUGCUUCCAUUCUUUCUCCAUCUCCCCUUAAAUGGGAUGCUAGAAUAAAACCAGAGGAAGACAUACAGUGGAUGACAAGAUUUGGCUGUUCACCACUAACACUCAAGGAAUUAUCAGAUACAAUGAAAAUAUGUGAAGAGCCAACUGAUGAUCUUUUAAGUCAAAUUAGAAAAGCAAAAUAUAGAUUACAGAACAGUAACAUACAACAAAAAGAAAAAGGUAGAGGGGAAACAGCUUUGGAAGAAAUAAUAAUACAUCCCAAAAGAAUAUCUUUGGAAGCAAAGAAACCUUCAGUGUCACAGAAAUUAUUGUUGCAAGAAGAUACAGAUCAACACGUUGGAAUUCAGAAUAAAUCGUAUACUUCUAUCUCGCUUCCACCUAACCCAGAAUUGAACAAAAAAAUAAAAGGACAGGAAGACCUCCAAGGGAUAACAAGAUGUGGUUGUUCACCCCUAACUCUCCAGGAAUUAUCAGCUACAAUGAAAACAGGUGAAGAGCCAACUGAUGAUCUUUUAAGCCGAAUUAGAAAAACAAAAUACUUGCCACAAAAAGAUAAAGGCAGAGGGGAAAUAGCUUUGGAAGAAAUAACAUAUCCCGAAGGAAUAGUUUUCAAAGUAAACAACCCAGUUCCACAAAAAUUGCUGUUGGACAACAUGGAAAAAGAGAAAAGAAUGCAAGAAGAUAAAGAAGAACAAGUUAGGAGUCAGAGUAAAUCUUUUGCUUCCAUCUGUGUUCCACCUUACCCUCAAUUAGACAUAAGAAUAAAGAGAGAAGACACACUAAUAAAAACAAGAUCUUCUUUUCCACAACUAAAUGUCCAGGAGUCAUCAUCUAUAAGAAAAAUACUACAGAAAAGGUCUGUUUCUGGUGACAUCUCAUAUAGUGUAAGAAAAGGCAAAGGACAGAUGAUGCUGGAAGAAUGUAGAGUAAAGAUGGAUAUACCUUUGAAGGAAAAUAAAUGGCCAGUUUCACAGGAAUUUCAGUUGGACAUCACAGAGCAAGAGAAAAAGGUGCAAAAAGUUAAUGGUAAAACAAAUAUGGCUCUGAAUACCAGCAGCACUUACACCUCUUCCCAAUAUCUACAAAAAUAUAAAAUAGAGGAAAAUGUGGAAGUAAAAAGAUGCUCUCUUUCAGAACUAUCACCCCAGAAAUCAUCAGAUGCAGUGAAAGUAGUUAGCGAAGAGUCCAUUCAGGCUGAUAUCACUAGGGAUGCACAAAAUGCAAAAAAAUAUAUGCUUCAGAAAGAAGAAGAUAACGUACAGAUUUGGGACACAGUACAUCCAAAAGAUAAAGAUUUGAAUGUAGAGAAAGCCUUUUCACAGUAUCUCUCAUUGGAGCUUAAAGAGCAAAGGAAAAUGAGUCAAGGUGAACAGGAAGUCCCUUUGACCACAAAUGGGGCUUGUGAAUCUUUUCUAACUCAUCAUGAGAUGGACAAAAGAACAGAAAGGCAGAAAGAUAUACAAGGACUAAUGCGAUCUGCCAUUUCACAACUCCCAUUCCAGAAGCCAUUUGGCACUGGGAAAACAGCACAUACGAAGGUAGCAGGGGAUGAUAACUCUAAUAACGUAAAAGCUGUACAAGAGCACAAGCCACUGAAGGGAGAGGAGAUAGGAAAAACAGGAAACACGAAAUACAUAACACACUCCAAAGGUACAACCUCUGAGGCAAAAAACUCAACACAUUUGCAAGUACUCAAUGUUACUGGAGGGGGUAGUCCCAGAACUAGUGAAGAAGUACAGAUGAACGUAAAAGAGAAAAUGGGAUCUGUACAGGGAAGAAAAAGUGAACAAAAUGAGGUUCCAGCAGCCCCUUCUCUACCUCACCUUAAACUAGAUGCAGGAAUAGAAAGCAAAAAAGACAGAUCUUUUCUUCCACCACCAAAUCAUACGGAAUCAUCAGAUGUAGGCCCACAAAAACUUAUGACAUCAACUGUGGAUGGUAUCUUAAGCGAUUUAAAAAGAACAAAAGACAUGACACAAAAAGUUGACAUAAACACUACUGCUGAAAAGGAAAGAAUGAAUCCUAAACCCAGAGCUUGGCAGUCAAAGAAAUCACCCCUUUCCCAAAUACUCAAUACAAAUAAGCUUCAAUUAAACAUCAAAGAGCAAGAGAAAAGGGGACAGGAAGGUAAGGGUGAAACAGUUGUGAUCCUGAGCCAAACUUGUACGGUUGCAACUUCUGCAACUCACCUUAAAUUAGACAAAAUAGAAGAAAAGGAGAGUGAGCUAGGAACAGUAAGAAACUUUGUGCCACAUCGUAAGUUCCAGGGAUCCUUGGCUUCAGGGCAAAUAACUCCUGCAGAGCCAGUGGGGUCCACCAGUGAGUGCCAUGUAAAGAAAAGAAAACAACACACAGGACAGAAAGAGGACAGCGGGAAAACAUCAUCUAGGACAGAAAGUGGACAGAGGCUGAUGCACCCUCCAAACACAAUUUUCAAAGCACAGACAUCACCAUUUUCACACAUGUUCAACAUCAUUGACAACGGUUCCCUGACCAAGAGAAAGGAGCCACAGUGGACUCUGAAAAGGAAAGUGGAACAGGAGAUGGAAAGACAAGGAGAACCUGAUGUCAUCAUGACAAAUACUCCUACUUCAGUGCCUUCUCCAUCUCACCAGGCGCUGGAUACAACAGUCAAAGCAGACAAAGACUUGCUGGCAAAUACAGGUUUCUGUCUUUCACAAUUAAAGACCCAAAUAUCAUCAGAUGCUGGGAAAGUCAAAGGUGCAGAGUCAAGUCAAAGUAAUAGCUCACUGAAUGUAAUGCUAAAAGACAGUCAACAUAUACCACACACAGAGGCAAAUGAUGGGAACAGAGUGGAGCACAGAAAAGAUGGCACCCCCCCCAAAUUAACAGCUUUAAAAUCAAAGUCAUCCCCACUUCACAGAUUCAGUAGAAAGAAACUAUCAUUGAAUAUUAAAGAGCAAGGAGCAAAAGUUCAGGAAGAAGGCAAAAGUGAACCAGGAGUGGUUCCCAGAAAAACAUUUGCGUCCUUACCUUCUCCAUCAUACCUUGAAUGGAACGUUAGAAUGAAUGAACAGGAAGAUACACUAGGAAUAAUACAAUCCUGCUGUCCACCAAAGAUUCGAGAGUCAUCAGACCCAGGCGAAGAAGCAUAUACUGAGUCAACUGAUGAUUACAUGUUCAGUAAUAGAAAAAGACCAAUACAAUCUGUAACUCAGAAAGAAGAUAGACUCAAAAUAGAUAGAAAAGACAAAAUGCUCCCAACACAUAUGCAUUUGAAGGCAAAUAAAUUACACUGGGAAAUUAACGAGCAAGAGAGAGACGUGUCAGAAGACAAGAAUAAACUAGAUAUAGGUCUGAAAACUAUUUGUGUUUCGUUACUUACUCUACCACAUCUUAAAUUUGAUACAACAGAAGGAGAAGGACACAUGAUAAGAAUUACAAAAUUGCCUCUCCAACAACCAAAAUGCAAAGAAUCAUCAGAUGCAGAGAAAAUAGCCCAUCUGGAAACAAUUGUUAGAAAACUCUCCAGUGAUAUAAAAGAAUUAAACGAGCACAUGCUACAGAAAGAAGAGAAAGGUAACGAAAAAGCCAUGGAUGUGAGUGGUAUAUUGGAUCCUAAUGAUAUGUAUUUAAAGUCAACAAAAUCACCUGUUUUGCAUACGCACAACUUAACGGACCAUCAGUGGAAAACAAAAGAGCAAGAGGAAAAGACUCAGAAAGGUAAAGGUGAUCCAGAUGUAGUGCCGACUGAAACGUGUGCUUCCAAGUCUUCCUCACCUCACCGUAAAAUGAAUGACGGAAUCAAGGACAAAAGCAUGCCAAGGUCAACAAGAUGCUCUUUUUCGCAAAUCAGCAUCCAAGAAUCAUCAGAUUCUGGGGAAGUCGUAUAUAAGGAGGCAGUUACAAGUGACAGUUCAAUCAGUGUGAAAAAGGGAAAACAACCUAUGCCACAGAAAAAGGAAGAGGAUGGGGUGGAAGUAGGAAACAUCACAGUGAUCCCCAAAUCACAAGAUAAGAAGGUAGAGGGACACCAUGGUGAACCAGAUGUAGUUCUGACUAAAUCUUCUAUUUCAUUACUGUCUCCACAUUAUCUCAAAUUGGAUAAACAAAUACAAGUGUAUGACGAAAUGCUAGAAAUUACAAGUUCCGUUUUGCAGACAACAUCAAAUACAGGGGAAAUAGUACAUCCAGAAACAAUUGAUGACGAUGUCACAAAUGAUAUUAAAAGCAGAAAUGAAUAUAUUUCACAGAAAGAAGAGAGGGACAGGGAAAAACCAGUAGCUAUUAAAUGGGAAACGAUGCAUCCCACAGAUAUAACUGUGAAGACAAAGAAAUCACCUCCUUCAAAUAUGCUCCAUAGAUCAGAACUGCACGUGAACAUUAGAAGACAAGGAGAAAAGGAGCAAGAAAGUCAAACUAAGCCACCAUGCAUGGUUCUAAGAAAAAUGUAUACUUCUGAACCAUCUCCACGAAACCUUAAGUUGAAUAAAGAUACACAAGUAGAUAAAGAAAUGCUAGAAAUUAGAAAAGGCUCUCUACUCCCACUAAUAUUUUCAACAGCAUCAUUUACAAAGAAAAUAGCAGCUAGAGAAACAAUUGAUAGGGCUGUGAAGAAGGACAAACAGUAUGUGCCAGAAAAAGGAGGAUCCAAGUUGGAAACAGUAGAUAGGAGAAUGAGGAUGCACUGCAAAAGUGCAAAGAUGUCACCAGUUUCACAUAUGAUCAAUACAAGGGAAUUGGUUUUAAAUAUUCGAAAGCCCGAAAGCAAAGGGCAGGAAGAUAAAGGUGAAAUGUGUAUGGUUCUGACAAAGACUUUCUUUUCCUUACCAUCCGUACCUCCCCUCUCUAUGGAUCCAGGAAUCAAAAUGGAUGUAGACACAUCAGAGAUUACUGAAUUCUCUCGUCCACAGCAAAAUCAUAAGGAAUCCUCAGAUACCCAGACACUUGCAAAGAGACAGUCAGUUGUUGGUGAUGGGGAAAGCAGUUUUAAAGAAACAGAACACCGUGAGCCACCGAAAGACACAGUACCACAACGCAGCUCAAACUUCCUGAUCAGUGUGCAGCGAAGGAUGGGACUUCCUCGAGUCAAAUCUGAAGGGGAUCUGAACCAGUUAGUUUUAAAUUCAAAGGAGGAGGACAUUUAUUUCACAGGAUUUGGUACUAUAAGAAGUAGAAAAACAGUGGAGUGGCUCUUUACAGGGCAAAGUGCUCAGCCAGAAAAAUAUAAAACAGAAAGGCUCAGUGCCUUUGUUUCCUACCCCACAGUGGAUUCAAUUAAAAGCGGAAACCUGGAGAAAGGAACUGACGUGAUGGAGAGCUUAAACCAUAAAACGUGUCCUAAGGUUUCAGCUCCAGUGUCAAGGAAAAUGUCCAAGGAGAUGUGUAUCACAUUUGGUACUCCUGUAAGUUCAAAAGGCCAAGAAUUAUCUGUUUCAGAGCCAGAAGUCCAGCUACAAGGAACUUCUCCUAAAACACCUUCUGAAUCUGUGAAUUCAUGCAAAUUUGUUAAGCCAGAAAAAGACGUACAAAGUAACAACAAAACAAGCAAAAUAGUUUCUACUCAAGUGUUAGCAGCACAAACAAAUGAAUCGCCAGAGGAAAUGAAUAUCCCAGAGUUGAAUACCCACCAAAAUAUGCAAGAACCGGACUUGAUCAUGAAAAAGCACAUGGAGCAGCAGUCUGACAGCGAACCUGAGAGCAUGCCCAACUCUAUCCUUUCUCAUAAGUUUUCAUUUCAAAAUGGAAAGCAGAAGACAGCACUGGAAAUAGAUGUGGGCCAGAAAACAGUAAUGUCCCCUGGAGUAGUAAUACCACCAGAAACACAGGAUAUUACACAGCUUGAUUCCACAAGAAAGAAAAAACAGCAGGUAGUGCUUGCUUCAGAACCAGCAGAAUGCAUUCUAGAAUCGCUUCAAAAGUCUGUUGUUCCCCACUUGAGUUUUCCAUUUCAAUCUAAAGAAUUGGAGGGAAUAAGUGAGAAUGACAGAAGUGUGGCUAUAAAUCUGGGUCAGAAAACAUUAGAAAUGGACGGCAACAGUACUGUGAAUCAGGAAGAAGUGAAAUUAAAAGUAGAUACAAGCAAAACUGUACAUCCAAAAGAGGAAAAAGUAGAAAUGCCCAAGAGCAGUACUAUGGAUCUCGAGAAGGACAAAAUAAAAAUGGACACAUGCCAUUCUGCAAAUGUGGAGAUUCCAUGUCUAAAGGCAGAGAAAUCUCCAAGUAAGAACCAGGUAGUCACUUCUAUCGUGGGCAACUGCCCAACCAAGCAAAAACAUAGAAAAGAACUCACAGCGUUGGAUGCAAAGCAAAUCACUCAACCACAGAAAUUUUCUCAAAAAACUGUUCUGGAUUCACUUUAUGCCUAUAUUCCUCUUUUAUCCAAAUUUGAAGGCCAGAAGGGUAGAAUAACAAUAAAAGAUUUGCAAAGAGAAUUAAGUCCCAACUAUUUAAUUAUGAAAGCCCCAAGUCACCCAAUUUCCCAGAUACUUAGUAUCUCAGGGCGUGGUACUCGAACAAAUAGAAAAAAAUUAGAGUAUAACUUUGACAAACAUAAGAAGAUGGCAUCGUGGAAUAAAGAUGCCUCAGGAGUAUCUAUUAGAAGUCUUUCUAUGAUGAGGCCAAUUCACUCAGAAGAAGCAGUAGAAUCCAAGACAAACCUAAGAAAAGAACGGAGAAUCUGUCGUCCUAAAUCACUACAUGUUAGUGAAAUUGCUAAGAGGUCUACCACAAGCUCUGUAAAAGAAGGGAAACAGAAAUUUGCAAAAACGACCCCAGAAGAUUCCCAGUCAAUCGUGGCUGAUGAACAACAAACGAAGAAACUUCUUCGUACCGAACUAAAAACAAACCUUAACGAUAGAAUAAGUAAAACACUUGUAACUCCACAAACAAAAGGGGUUGCUUCAGAGUAUGAUGCCUCAAAAGUUAUAAAAGAACCUGAUUUGCGUAUUACUGAUCACCAAGAGAAUAGAGCGCAACGCAUUUUGGAACCCGCUAAGUCGUUUAUGUUUGAAGAGACAAAGGACAAUGUGGAAGAUACACACAUGGAAAGCCCCCGAAGGAUGAGCAUUUCACCUUCAAGGGCAGAGAAAUCACAAAGUGGGAUGCAGCUAUUAGAUACCGUGGCAGGUGUUUCACCAUCCAAGCAAAGGGAUCCAAAUGAACCAGUGUGGGAUCCAACCGUACAAGGGAUGCAGCAACACAAAGCUUUCCCAGGAACGAUUCUGAAUUCUGCUUAUGCUUAUGUGCUUGUUCCACCCCAAAUGAAAAGUAAUGAAAUAAAAAUACUGGCAGGUAGUGCAAAUACAGAAAGUUCACUUCCUGUUUAUAAAGAAAUUAAAAGUGUUCGUGAAUCCCAGGAGAAAAAUAUGAUGACCAAAGACAAAGUUUCUGCUCAUAAACAGGAGAAAGUGCGAGACCAGAAACCCCACAACUUAAAGUCACCACCUAAUCCAGAAGGCCCAGAUGCAAUAUCAGCUAAGUUACAUCUAAAAGUGCAGCCAAGACCCUUUCUAGAUUUUACUACUGAAGUAAAGCAUAAACUCACUAAUCACUUAGAGUCAAAAGCACUUGAAAUAAAGCUGAAUCUGAUACCAGAAAGAGCAAAUAAAUCCUUCCAAAAGUUUAGCACUUACCCCAAACAACCUAUUUCAGAAGACUAUAAGACUUUGGGACUGUAUCCCAGAUAUAAAACAGUGUGUUUUGUGUCUCUCGAAGGAAUUGAUACAAUAGAACUUAAUUUAAAACAGGACGAUUCAUCUUCCAACUGUAUGAAGACACUGAUUGUUAAUGUUUCAGGUGGCAAAGAGGAGAUGAUCACAAAGUUAACGAGUGCUAACAGAAAACCUUCAGUGUUUCCAGCUGACAGUGAGAUGCCUUCACCUCAUGUUCUUCAAAGCUGCUCAGGAGAAGAAAAAGACAAGCUUCUUAUGCACUUUUCUAUGAAAAUAUUGGAGAUUAAAAUGAAAGCAUUUCCCAGAAUUGUAAGGGAAUCCUAUGCAGUGACCGAGACCCAAGAAAGAAGGAAACCUUUAAUAAAAUGUAUUCAUUCUGGAGUCAAAGCUCCAAAACGCAGAAACAGAAUUUUGGUAUUUUUUGAGGAAAAAUCGCUUCAUAAAAUAGAUCUUGAUUUACAAUACAAAUACCUUUGUUCCCUGAUGGGGCUUACUGCUGACCAUAUGUUCCUGAAACGAAAUGCACUUCCCAAGCCUGAAUUAAGCACAAGUACAAUAGGUAAAAAAGUACAUGAUGUUGGAGUAAAUUGUGACCUUCCCAUGGAUGCAGGACUGUUGGAACGACAGAACUCUUUCCAAAAGCUAAGUCCUCAUGAAAGCUCAUCACUGAUCAGAAAUUUCUCAGAGCCAACUCAUAUGGGUUCUUCUUAUUCUGAUCCACACAGCACAGUCGUGAAAGAUAGUAGUGUUGGUUCUGAAUCAAAAUCUCAUGUAACUCCAGAAAAAGAUAAGGAAUAUCAUGUGUGGUUUCAACAAACAAAUAGGUAUAAAACUUUUGACUUAAAGACUCAGGAAUAUGUUAAUUUAAUUGACACACCUCCAAUUCAGAUUUGUGAUAUUACAGAUGUACAGACAAAUAUGGAGAAUUCAUCUAACUUAGAGAGAUGUCCAUCUCUUGAAGUAUAUGAGAGUGAAGAAUAUAUAUAUUUGGAAGCCAACCCUUAUUUAAGUCAAGAUCUGAAAAGUAUUCCAUUUGAAUUACAAGAAGGCAUUCCUUUGGAAAAUAUCUGCCAGACGAAGAAUAUCAAAACUGAUUUGACACAAUUUUGCAAUGCAGAUUCAGGUUCCCAUGAUAAUAGAGGGAGAAAACACACUUUGUCACCACCUUCUUACAAAUCCCACAAAAACAAAAAAUAUAAUUUAUCCUCCCAAAUGCAAUCUCCAGAUUGGUUUUGCCACAGCUCAGUAAAUACUGCAAAAAUUCAGUCCACGUCAUCCAUGUCUUUCAGUGAAGAGAAGCUUACGUGGAUGAGGAGGAGCAAAGCAAGCUACUCUUUAGCUCCCUUAACGGAAUCAAACAUCAAACUCCAUCUCGCAACAAAUCAAGGCAAACAUCACACAAAUCUAGAAAGCAAAGACAAAAGGAACCCAAAAUUUGACUUCCUUGGGAAGAAUAACAUUCAUUUGGACUAUGAUUACAGUUGCACCCGGAGUAAAGAGAAAAAGACAAGAAAAAAGAAGGAGUGUGAUUAUGAGUCAGAAAGCGUAGAAUGGUAUUUCCAGAGGAGAUACCCGUCAGCACCAGAACCUCAACAAGAAUAUAUUUCUAUAGCCAAACAAAACAAACCAUUUUUUUAUGCCUGUAUACCAGCAGACUCACUAGACAUCAUCCCCAAAACCAUUCGCUGGACGAUUCCUACUAAAACCUUAAAGAAGAGAAACUUCAGAAUUCCCCUGGUGGCAAAGAUGUCAAGCUCCUGGAAUAUAUGGACAUCAUCCAAAAAGUUGUUGGCAUCAUUCUCAGGGUCCUUUAGCUCACGUCCAGUCCAUGACAAGUGA